AUGGACAGCAGUGUGGUGAUGUUCCUCCACUGUGGGAAGCAGAUGGUGUGUCACGAAGUCCCGGAGCUGUGCCCCCUCUGUGAGGAGCCCAUCCUGGGGUCCCGGCUGGAGGAGGCCCCUGUCAGCCUGCCCUCGCCCUUCUGCAACGGACACACCACCUCCUGCUGCUUCCUGCUGGCCCCCGCACUGGAUGCAUACAGGGCCUUUGAUGAAAAGUCAGAACUCCACACUGGAAUCUCCAAUUCUAAAGGGGUGGUGUAUAACUACACCCACCUGGGCGUGGUGAAGGAUGAGACCGGCUGGGAGACGUGUAUUCGGGUGGUGCUGGUGCAGCACGACUCCUACAGCCUGAGAGACCAGUGGGACAAAUACCUGGAGAGCUACUCUGGAGGAGCCCUGUGGGACACCAACUGGACCAGGUUCGACGCGGUCACCCAUAACUGCUACACCUACUGCCUGGGCUUCAUCAACCGGGUCCUGGAGGUCGAAGGUCGCGGGCCCCUGACCCCGGAGCAGUUCACCGAGCGCUACGUCCUGCCGCGCACCACCAGGGCGCACAGAUUCAACGGCCUCCUUCAGGUCCUCAAGAAGAAGCCCUACCACCUGCUGGAGAGACAGACGGGUAGCGAGAGAAGCAGCCUGGCAGGGAGCGACACAGUCAGCCAGGUCAAGAGUGAGACAGGCAAGUAGAGAGAGAGAGAGACUGGUAGCGAGAGAGAGACAGGCAAGUAGAGAGAGAGAGACUGGUAGCGAGAGAGAGACAGGCAAGUAGAGAGAGAGAGACUGGCAGCGAGAGAGAGACAGGCAAGUAGAGAGAGAGAGAGACUGGUAGCGAGAGAGAGACAGGCAAGUAGAGAGAGAGAGACUGGUAGCGAGAGAGAGACAGGCAAGUAGAGAGAGAGAGACUGGUAGCGAGAGAGAGACAGGCUUUUAGAGUAUG